UGCCGCCCCCGCUGUGGGGAAGGAGGCGGAAGUCCGGCAGGCUCUGGGCGUCGAGAUGGAGGAGGGAGAGUACGAGUCGGUCCUGUGUGUCAAGCCAGAGGUCCACGUCUACCGCAUCCCGCCGAGGGCCACGAACCGUGGUUACAGGGCUGCGGAGUGGCAGCUGGACCAGCCAUCAUGGAGUGGCCGGCUGCGGAUCACUGCAAAAGGGCAGGUGGCCUACAUCAAGCUGGAGGACAGGACGUCAGGGGAGCUCUUUGCUCAGGCCCCAGUGGAUCAGUUUCCUGGCACAGCUGUGGAGAGUGUGACGGAUUCCAGCAGGUACUUCGUUAUCCGCAUCGAAGAUGGAAACGGGCGCCGGGCGUUUAUUGGAAUUGGCUUCGGGGACCGAGGUGAUGCCUUUGACUUCAAUGUUGCCUUGCAGGACCAUUUCAAGUGGGUGAAACAGCAGUGUGAAUUUGCAAAACAAGCCCAGAACCCAGAUCAAGGCCCCAAGUUGGACCUAGGCUUCAAGGAGGGCCAGACCAUCAAGCUCAACAUUGCGAACAUGAAGAAGAAGGAAGGAACAGCUGGGUCUCCCCGAGCCCGGCCCGCCAGCACAGGAGGACUGAGCCUGCUUCCCCCUCCCCCAGGGGGGAAAACCUCCACCCUGAUCCCGCCCCCUGGGGAGCAGUCGUCUGUAGGGGGGUCCAUCGUCCCGCCAGCAGGUACUCCCAGUUCAGGAGGUGCCACUGUGUCCUGGCCGCAGCCCAAGCCUGCCACUACUGCCACCGCUGACAUCUGGGGAGACUUUACCAAAUCCACGGGGUCGACCUCCAGCCAGACUCAGCCAGGCACAGGCUGGGUCCAGUUCUGACCUGAGCCCAACUCUUUUUCUUCGUACAACUUCUGGAAAGGAGCCACCUCACGUGGGCCGAAGGAAGGGGGAUGCCGCGCUCCCUGGCCAGCCUCAUUUUGGAGCAUGACUCUCUCCUCUCUUCCUGGCCUGGACCCUCUUGACAGACUGCACACGUUAGGCAGUAAAUUGGCACCACGUCACACUGUUCCCUGGGAUUCGAGUAUGCAGCCAGAACACCGAAGAAAAGUUCCAGGAUCCCUACCCCUGUCUGUCCUCUUGACACGAGAGAGACUCUGACUACUGCUCUGUCACAAUGGCCCGUAUUAAACACAAGCCCCUAGAGCAAAAGGAAGGGUUGAAUGUGCCGCCAGGAUUCACAUCAGCCCUUUGCGGGGUGGGGGUGGGGGGGUCACAUGUGUCACGUGAUCACUGCCUGGAAGGGGGCUUUCCGCACUCCCAUUGGAUGUAGCCACUCACAGUCAAGUCUCCUCUAGAGGAGGGAUUCCUUCUUGAUUUCAAGCAGGUUUAUAGGCUGCAGCUUGAACAGACAACCAGGAGGGAAAUCAAGAGUAUUAACCAGCUUUAAAACAUUUUUUUUUUAUAAUACUUGCUUUGCUAACGUGUUGAUCUGCACUAACGCGUGGUCUUUGCAAAAGGGACUGUUCCCACGGUGUGCCCCAGCAGGGGCCCCUGAAAACAUUCCUCACCAUCAGCCACAGGAGCUGCUGCUCUAAGCUUCAGAAAGCUGUGUUCAUCUCGGCCAUGUGGCCCGGUUUCCAUGUUUGCCAGGCCAGGUGGGCAGUGCAGGGCCGAGCAGGCGCUGGGAGCCAGGUGGGACAGUCCGUGUUUGAGCCAGAAACCGGUAGCUCCUCUCCUGGAGGUGGGAGGUUCGGCCUUCCCAUCAGCUGGCAGCUCUCUGGGCUCAGGGCUCACGGCACCGUUCCUCGCGGGCUUGGGUUUUCUCCUUGGUUUCUGAAGUGCCUUAUCUGCAGACAACCUCUUAACUUUCUUUUCUCCUUCAGGGACUGUCCAUGACAGACAGACAGAAGGAGUUCUGAAGCAACUGGAAGUUUAGGGUUGCCUGUAUUACUGGUUUAUAAGAAUUUUAUCUGAGCACACCUCUAAGAUUGCUUUUAUUGACAUAUGUAAGUUACCUCUUAAUUGAAAGAUUUCCUGUUUGAAGGGUCAAGAUGAUGAACUGAAAAAAGGGUUGGCCUUUCUGUGGGACCAGAUUUCUAAGGUAAAAAAUAAAUAAAUAUUUUUACUCUGUCA